AUAGUGUUAUGCUAUAGCUGUACGUUAGAUUCUAUUUUUUUCCGAAUCCCAAUAUCAUAAUGGAAGCUAUAAAUGAUAAUUCAAUACACAAAUAGGGACCAAAGCGUACAAUUAAUUUGCUUUAUCCAUUUUGUAAUAUAUUUGCAGAUUGAAAACCACAAAACUACAGUACGAACUUUAAAAACGCAGAUUAUGCAGAAAUGUAUUAUUUGCAGGCUUACAUUGUGAUCAAUCAAUAUUGUGGCAAUAUAAACUGUAAAUAUGCUAAUUGUAUGUACUUAACGUGUGCUUUAGGUUGCAACAAGAUUGAACUAUAGAUAAUAAGGUGAAGUUGUAACUCUUAAUAUACAUAAGUGAGCCACAAGUACUUUGUGAGUUGUUUUGUAUUGGUGUGUCAAGCAAGGAAGAUAACCCAGGUUUUCGCGAUCUGUUUUUACUAUUACAGUUGUUGUUCCUUACAGAAUGUUCCAUAUUAUGAUUUGUAUGUAACUGUAGCAAUUCUCUUUACAAAAUGCUGUAACUGUUGUGUUUUUUGUGAUCUGUAUGGUAAUGUAAUAUUAAAUGAUCAUCGUGGCAAUAUGUGAAAGGUAUGUGUUUGGUAUUUUAUUAAACAAAAUGCUUUGAAAUAUUUAUAUCGAAAUAUGUAAUAUAGUUACCCAGGUAAGGAUAAAUUUUGUUGGUGAUUGUUCAGUUUUGUAAGAAGAAUGUACCUCAAUAAAUUAUUAUUCAAAUGUUAGAUUUUUCAAACGGUUACUGAAUAAAAAUAAAUUAAGGUUUUAAUUCAUUAUACUUCAGUUCAUGAUAUUGUAAGAAAGGCAUUUAUACAAGCGUAAACGUUUAAGUCAAUCGUUAUCUUAUAUCAAUUUAAGUGUAUGUUAUUUGAUUUCAUUUUAUUGUACCAUAAUUGCUUAGAAUAUGAAUAUAUUUAUUUAAACAUUUGUUUCAGUUGAUACUCAUUUCAUACUUGGCGUCCGUAUCAUGACCAUAAACAUUGAAACUAAAUCGGAGCAUUCACAGUUACACAAUGGGGUCAAAAGGGAAGUCUCCAUGGGUCGAGUACAACGGUGAUACACUUGGAGAUAGCGAGUUGAUUAUGCCCUACAUGGUUGAGAAAUGUGGGGUAAACCUCAGUACGGGCCUAACAGAGGAACAGACGGCCAUAGGCCGGGCCUUCCAGACUCUCGUCGAUGAACGCAUGUAUUGGCUAGUUUUGUUAGAAAGAUGGGUGUUCCACAAAUCAGAGAUGUCUGGCACUCUUACCAAACUUCCCGCCAUUUUAAUAUGGCAUAUCAGCCGGAAAACUAAGAAUAUGGCGUAUGCACAGGGCCUUGGCAGACAUACGCAAUCCGAAAUUGAAACAUUGCUUGAGAAAGAUUUGAAAGCAUUAUCGGAUUAUUUAGGUGACAAGAAAUAUUUUCUCGGUGAAGAGCCUAGAGAGGUCGAUUGUGCAGUGUUUGGGCAGCUGUGUCAAGUCCGUUAUCAUGUGCCAAACAGUGUCAAAGCAAGAACAUAUCUACAAGAAUCCCUUCCAAAUCUCACUGCUUAUAUGGACAGAAUUAUUGAGAAAUUUUGGCCAGAUUGGGAGGAAUGUAUGACAAAUGGAUUCACGAAAGAGGCAACAAAAUAGAAUGACACUUAUAUUUGAAUUUUGUAUGCGCGCUUGCCUUGAAAAAGCUGAUAUCAUGUAUUUCUGGUGUCAGUCAAACAACGACAGAGAUGGUAUUAAAUGUUGAUCUUAAUCAGGUCUAAGAACGACCUAGCUAUUCAUUCAUGGUCCACCAUUCGCGCGGUUCUACUUUUGAGACAAACUGGUAUAAUGUUUACUCGCUCGUUUUUCCGGGAUCAGCAAAACUGUCUGCAAAGGAAUUGGUGAGAAUAGGAAUGAUACAGAUAGUGUUAUGCUAUAGUUGUACGUUAGAUUCUAUUUUUUUCCGAAUCCCAAUAUCAUAAUGGAAGCUAUAAAUGAUAAUUCAAUACACAAAUAGGGACCAAAGCGUACAAUUAAUUUGCUUUAUCCAUUUUGUAAUAUAUUUGCAGAUUGAAAACCACAAAACUACAGUACGAACUUUAAAAACGCAGAUUAUGCAGAAAUGUAUUAUUUGCAGGCUUACAUUGUGAUCAAUCAAUAUUGUGGCAAUAUAAACUGUAAAUAUGCUAAUUGUAUGUACUUAACGUGUGCUUCAGGUUGCAACAAGAUUGAACUAUAGAUAAUAAGGUGAAGUUGUAACUCUUAAUAUACAUAAGUGAGCCACAAGUACUUUGUGAGUUGUUUUGUAUUGGUGUGUCAAGCAAGGAAGAUAACCCAGGUUUUCGCGAUCUGUUUUUACUAUUACAGUUGUUGUUCCUUACAGAAUGUUCCAUAUUAUGAUUUGUAUGUAACUGUAGCAAUUCUCUUUACAAAAUGCUGUAACUGUUGUGUUUUUUGUGAUCUGUAUGGUAAUGUAAUAUUAAAUGAUCAUCGUGGCAAUAUGUGAAAGGUAUGUGUUUGGUAUUUUAUUAAACAAAAUGCUUUGAAAUAUUUAUAUCGAAAUAUGUAAUAUAGUUACCCAGGUAAGGAUAAAUUUUGUUGGUGAUUGUUCAGUUUUGUAAGAAGAAUGUACCUCAAUAAAUUAUUAUUCAAAUGUUAGAUUUUUCAAACGGUUACUGAAUAAAAAUAAAUUAAGGUUUUAAUUCAUUAUACUUCAGUUCAUGAUAUUGUAAGAAAGGCAUUUAUACAAGCGUAAACGUUUAAGUCAAUCGUUAUCUUAUAUCAAUUUAAGUGUAUGUUAUUUGAUUUCAUUUUAUUGUACCAUAAUUGCUUAGAAUAUGAAUAUAUUUAUUUAA